CCACUUGCGUCUCAAGAAAACACAACGUUCUCGGGGGAAAACAUGAAGAUACUGCCGUCUUCCCGGUUCAACCUUAUGCUUCACUAACGAAGAAAAACAGACAAUGCUACGAUGCUACCUGCUAAUCUGAACUCCAAAUCCAAACCCUAAAUUCUCUUCAACCCAAACCGGAAGAAAUGUGCUCAUUUGCUAUGCCCAAUUCUUCUCUCGUCGUCCCCGCAGACAUUCCCUCCCUUCUACGACGGCGUCGCAAUCUGUUAUUCUUCACUUCCUCGGGAUCAUUUGUUCUAAAUUCUAGGUCCAAAAUCCCUAGAAUUCUGCAUCUCUCUGCUUCUCUCACUCAGUCAAAUCGCCUCGAUCUCUCCUGGUUUCCUCCUGAGCCCAAAUCAAUUGACAACAAGUACGGUGGUUGGGCAAUUGUUGAUACUCCUCUUCAAUACCAGAAGAAGAGCCGAGGAAUUCGCACCAUUGUGAUAGGCGGAAUAGGGUCUUCACUGGCUGUUCUUCUGGCUACUGUUGCUUACUUCUUAAUCUCAAGGAAAGGGUUUAGGUUUCAGUUCAGUAGUCCAAUACAUACUUUACAUGGAGUUUUAAGUUGGACUGAGACGAGAGAUACUAAAAGAGAAAGAGAGGAGCCUAUUUUAGCUGAUGAGAAGAGGAUGGUGUCUGAGGCAGGCUUGGAACAUCAACCUGAUGCUACUAAUGGAACUGUUACUUCAGCACCUGUAGAAAAAGUUGAACGGGUUAUUGUAUCAAUUGGUGUAGAUCCUACUCAACAGGAAGCUUUAUUGGUUUUAAAGAAACUGAAGAUAGUUGAAGAUGGUGUAAGGGCUGAUGAAUUGUGCACUAGACGUGAAUAUGCAAGAUGGCUAGUGCAUACAAACUCAUUAUUGGAGAGGAAUAUGACGCAGAGGAUCAAUCCGUCAGUAUCUUUAUCUGGGUCGUUAGUUGUUGCAUUUGAUGAUGUCGGUGUUGAGGACCCAGAUUUUGAGUCCAUACAAGCACUAGCAGAGGCAGGUAUCAUUUGCAGCAAGCUGCCAGGGAACACAUUCAACUCUAGCAGUUCAAAUGGCCCACGAAGCAUCAAUUUUUUUCCUGAAAGGUUUAUCUCUCGAAAGGAUUUGAUAAAUUGGAAAGCCCAACUAGAGUAUGAAUUGAAGCCGGGAAUUAUAGAGGAGAUAUCAAGAACAAAAGUGGAUUAUAUGGAUGUGAAGGAGAUUUCUUCUGAUGCAUCUCCAGAACUUUUUAUGGACAUGGCAGCCGGUGAGAAGAGCAUAAUCCGAAGAGUUUUUGGGCAGAGCAAGCGACUUCAACCAAAUAAACCUUCAACGAAGGCACAGGCAGCAGUUGCAUUGACAAGUGGCAGAAUGGUGGAAGCAGUCUCUACUGAAUUAUUAAGACAAGAAGCAGAGAAUUUGUCAAGGCAAGCUGAGAUGGACCAGGUUAGGUUCCAGUUGCUUGAUAAAGGAGAUAUACGAAAGUUCUGGGAUGAGAAAUUGUAUGAAGAGAGGCAACGUGGAUCCGAGGUGGAAAAUCUUUAUCAUGAGAUGCUUCGUGAUUUAGAAGAAGAGAAGACUAUUCAAGAGAAGCAGUUUGCGGAACACUUAAAAGAAAAGGCAGCCAUGGAUUGUCAGAGACAGUUACUUUUCAGUCUGAAAGAAGAGGUUGAUCAGAUGUCUGAAAGGCUUGCAUCUGAGAGUGCUACCUACGUGGCUGAGAAGGGUAAAUUACAGUAUAUGCUCAGUGAUCUGCUGUCAAGGCAAGAAGAACUGCUUGAUAAAAAAUCUAUACUUGAAGCUGAGAAAGAAGCUAUUCGGAUUCUUAGAUCAUGGGUGGAAGAUGAAGCUAGGAAAAGUCAAGCUCGAGCCAAGGUUCUUGAGGAGGUGGGACGGAGAUGGAAAUGGGAUGACCAAGCUUAAAUUUCUUAAUCCCUUAAUAGUAGAGUGCAUAUGGGGAUAGCUCAGGAAAGUUAUUGCUUGAGGAUCUAUGUAGAAGGUCUCUGUUUGGAUUUAAGUAAAAUAAGGUUUUUCUUAUAACUUUCCACUUGUGAUGCUCCGGUAAGAAGGCUUUUUGAUAAUUUUUUUUUUUUCUCUUGCGAUGUAUCUAUUAAAAGUCGAUCAAGCAAUUGAGUAAAUUAAUACGAAUAUUGGUGAUGUAAAUGAGGAGCACUUCUGCUAUUUUAUUUCUAACUGAACUUGUAGAAUAAUUGAGCAAUCUUGAUGCAGGCUUUCAUGGAAAUUACUGCUGGAUUGGCUUGUUAUAUCGCGGAAAAACAUAGUCAUUUGAAGUAGGUUUUCAUGGGAAUUACUUGUGUAUUGAUUGUCUAUGUAACAAAAA